GUUGUCGUAACCGGUCGCCUUCGGGUAGUUUAUUACUCACCACUGCUAGGUGACAAAAUGAAUGAUGAAGAAGAGCACUCGAUCGAUCGCACCAAGGAGUAGGGAGAGGCCACGUAGUUCCUGUGCAGCAGUAGUCCUAGCCUGCAUCCUACUACCAUAAAGCGCACAAAAAUAAGCCAAGUGGGUGGUGUGUUAACGGAUUGGGUUUGCGAUUUUUAUCGCAUAUAAAAGUUGCUGCGAUCGUGGUAAGGAUCAUACAGCAACCAAGCCUCGAACAGUUCGCCUCUUCAGCACUCCGCUCAACAACAGCACCCAAACUAAACCUCAAAAUGUUCACCAAACUGAUCUGCAUUGCCGCUCUGGCCAUCUCGUGCGCUUCGGCCAAACCAGGACUGUUGGCGCCGGUUGCUGCCCCGGUUGCUUAUGCCGCUGGACCCGCCGUCGUCACCGCCCAAAGCUCGCAGGUCGUGGCCCGCAACUACAAUGGCAUUGCUCCGCUGGCGUACACUGCACCGGCCGUCGCGUAUGCUGCCCCGGCCGUCGCUAAGGUAGCCGCUCCGCUUGCUUAUGCUGCACCGGCACCACUAGCUGCUGCUGCGUAUGCUGCUGCUCCGCUCGCCGCUCCGUACGUGGCCCCGUAUGCCGCUCCGUAUGCUGCCCCGUACGCUGCCGCUUAUGCUGCCCCGUACGCUGCCGCGUAUGCUGCCCCGUACGCCAAGGCGUUCGCUAGCCCGCUGCUUGCCCGUGCUCCGUACCAGCUGUGGUAAACCGUCGGGCCGGCUGAUCGUGAUGGUGCAGUCAACAGUUCCUUACCGUGCAUGCCAGCAGUCUGGUGAACGUUUAUUGUUGUUGAGUAAUAAAAUAUAGUCAAAUGUUUUGAAACAAAUUAA